UCGUUGGAGGGCAGGACACCCACCCGUAACCCUAGCGCAAUUUACCCACCCACGCCCAGUGGGCAGACUGGACAGACGGGUACAGACCGGGGUGUCGGCGACCCUCGUCGGCGAGUCCCACCAGUCAAGCCCUCUCCAACCGUCUCCCCCUCGAUUCGUCUGGUCUGGUGGAAUUUGGGCCAUGGGAGUCCAUCCCGGGCGUGGGAGUGUGGUCAUAGUGUGUGUGUGUCUAGGUAUGUGUGUGUGCCGCAGCGCUCCGUAAUGUAAAGUGAGUAAAGUAGGUGGUAGUGAGUACGGGGUACCCAGGCACCUUGGGCAGAUGCUUGGUUGGGCGAACGAGCCUUUUCUACCCUCGUCUGUCCGCGCCGCUUUCUCUCGAGUCGUUUCCCUCACCUCCCCUCAACCCUCCAGGUCGCUCGCAGCAAGUCCGCCGCACGCCGCACUUCAGCGCAAUCUUUGCACUUGGUCGCGCAUUCGAAAAGCUCAAAUUUGGAGUCUUGGACGACAGUCAUUGAUCGAGGAACGACGAGAAGUUGUGCAUCUGCCAACCUCACAUCCGACCCCUGCGACCCCGCCGAGUACCGUGUAGCCCGAGUUGAGUCGCGGGUCACCCUGUUUCGGAGGCCGAGAAAGAGAGAAAGAUACAGCCGUCUUCCGAGUCCGAAUAAGAAAGCAGAGGAGAGACACUCCCACGAAGUACUGCGCCAGCCCGAUAUUCAGUGGACAAGAGUUUUCUUUUCUUAUUUUUGCUCCGUGUGAAGUAAGAAAAUUUAAAAACGAAGCGGAAAACUCGGAAGGACAUUGUCGAAACUGAUCGCGUGGUAAAAGCGUAUUGGAGAGACACUCGCACAAACGGGCAGACGAGAGAAAGAUCGAAAAGUCGCACGGACAGAGCAGAAAGGAGCUGUGUAAGAAAAGAGAAAAGGGAAGGCAAGGAAAGCAAAGCAAAGCAAACCAACGCCAAACACCGAGGCCGACGACGUCGAACAAGAAGACUUGGGAGGAUAAAGAACAUUCUCAAGAAGGAACGAACGACUUUUACCCGUCGAUCUUUCCGCCUGCCGCACCAUUUCUCAGCCCGUCGCUUUCCUUUUCAGAGAAAGCCCAACGGUCCACGGCAAGCACCACCACCACCACCACCACCACCACCAACCGCACCUCCCCCACGACUCAAGUAAGGAACGCAAUCCGAAGGGAAAGUGCGACCCAGUCAUCAUCGCCCCUCCUUCCUUCCCGUUCGCACUGGCAUCAGCGUGGUCCCGGUGACCUACCAGUCCCAAUCAAUCAAUUUCCCCCCCUCUCUCCUUCCCUCCGUCGAAGGGAAGAAAAAAAAGGGAAAAAAAAAAAAGAAAACAAACCAUCGUUGGAAGGAACAACACUCUCAACUCAAACCCAACCUACCUAGCAAACACCUUUCCUCCUUCACCUCUUGGAGAGAAUCCCGCCUGGUAUACGCACAAGAACAGCAACUGCAACACUCAUACUUGCACCACUUACUUUGCACCUUCAACGGACAUCGACAUUUAGGUCUCCUCUUGUCGCAGUGUCGCUUAUAGUUGCACACUGAUCCACGUAAUCCACGCCCACCCCCUACCUACCAAGACCCCCUGGUUUGCGCCCAAUCACGCCUUGCCUUCCUUACUUUGCCUUGCCUUGCCUGGCGGAAGGAGCAUUUCCCACCCAAUUAUCCCUAUCUUCCCUCUCUCGACCUGACCUGCCUGCACCUGCACCUGCCUUACAUCAGUCAGUAGUCAGUCCGUUACUCACUCAGUACCUGACCACUUCGUACUUUCCCGUGUGGUGCAACAGGGCCCCCGUCACCACUCCCACUUCAACUUCCUUUUCGCAACAGCAUCGCACUUUAUUCUCGCCAGAAUCUGCAGCUGUCCUCUCCUCCCCAAAGUGAGGGAGCGUCACACAAGAUGAAGGUUCGUCAUCCUUCACCCUCCUGCCUCCUGGCACCUGCUGUCGUGCAAUCCUCUCUCUCUCUCUGCCUCUUGCAUCGCAUUUUCAUCUUCUUUCCCCCUCUUCCCACCCCUAUCAACAGUUUCUCUCCCUCUUUCCAGAAACCCAGUCGUGUGCGGGCGCAUGUCACCACCACCACUACCAACACCAAACAACACUUUUGUGUUCUUGCGAUUCCUUCUCACAACUUCACAUCCUCUCCAAAAAGAAAUUGGUGCACAAUCUUACAUGCGCUCCGUUUCUGCCUCUCAGUACCUCUGCCCUCAGCCCUUUUGCGACAUUUUGCGCUCCCUUUCUCCCACUUUCCGCCGUAUAUGAACAACCCCGCAUGCGCCCAUGCUCAUACCCACGAUGAAUCGCGAAUCAAUGUCCAGAAAUCGGUUUUCCGAUCACUUACUGACAGUCCCUCACCUUAUGCAGGCCCUCCGUCGGUCCAUCAAGGGCGAAAAGGACAAUGCCAAAGUCAACAUUGCCCCCAAGUCUGCCGUUGCUAUUGUCCCCCCAAAGAAGGUUAUCCGAGCCCUAUACGAUUAUGAAGCCCAGUCCAACCAAGAGCUGAGCUUUUCGCGCGGUGACUUCUUCCACGUCAUCGGCAGAGAGAACGACCCCGACUGGUACGAAGCCUGCAACCCAGCACUGCCCGACGCCCGCGGCCUCGUACCUGUAGCCUUUUUCCAAGCAUUAGGCCGAACCGAAAGAGAUAGUGGCCAGUCCGACGGUGCUAUGCCCCGACCACCGACCAUGUCUCCUACAAUUUCAAAGAACCCCGAUCACGAUUCUGGCUAUGCCGAGGCUGCGCCGCCCCCCGGCGCAAUGCAAUCACCACCCGCAACUCAGCCGACGCAGCGUAUGUCCAGGUCCGGCAGCAGAUCCGGCGCGAUGGUCUAUGGUAUCGUCAUGUACGACUUUGUUGCAGAGCGCGCCGACGAGCUGGAGGCUAAGGCUGGUGAGGCCAUCAUCGUCAUUGCUCAAUCAAACCCCGAGUGGUUUGUCGCCAAGCCUAUCGGCAGAUUGGGAGGACCCGGCUUGAUACCCGUAUCUUUUGUCGAAAUACGCGAUAUGGCGACUGACACAGCUGUCGGAGACGCUUCCGGGGCAAUCAAGAAGGCCGGCAUCCCUAAGGUCGAAGAAUGGAAGAAGAUGGCGGCCGACUACAAGAAUAGCAGCAUCACACUGGGCAAGUUCGACAACGGUGCACCGCAACAGGGCUCCAUCGAGCAAGGAAUGGAACGCAUGAGUCUUCAACAAGGCGGGCGCACCAGUUCACAGAACGGUGCCAACUAUCAACAGCAGCAGCAACAACAAGCUGGCUACCAGCAAUCACGCAACUCUCAGCAAGCUGCCCAACCCAGUCCCUACGCCAAACCAGCGUCGCAGCUUUACGCCCCCAUCUCAGCCCGCAUCCCGAGGUAUUGUUUUGCGGAAGACAAGUACUGGUUCGUUAUCGAAGCAGUGCUGGAGGACGGCCGUCACUGGGAACUGUCCAGAUACUACGAAGACUUCUACGACUUCCAGAUUGCCUUGCUCACCGAAUUCCCGGCCGAGGCAGGAAACACCGGCACGCAAAAGCGUACACUUCCAUACAUGCCUGGUCCGGUAAACUAUGUGACAGAUCAAAUCACGGAAGGCCGGCUACACAACCUAGAUGCCUACGUUAAGAAUCUCCUUGCACAGCCUGCCUACAUUGCAAGGUGUACCCUCGUCAAGCAAUUCUUCGCCCCCAGAGAAGGCGACUACGAGAUGGACCCCAAUGCGCCGAGCGACGAAUAUCGACUAUCGGGCGGCUCGCAGCCUUCAUCGAACGAAUCACCAGCAGAUGCAGCUUCACGACAAUCCUCCAAGAAUAAUCUAAACGGCAAUGGUUACGGUGCUCAGCAACGAGCGAUGGGCCAACCCGGAAUGAACCGGCAGCCAUCGUCUCUGUCGCAGUCACAGCCUUCUCCUGCCAUCGGUCAGGGUCAAGUUCAAGCCAUGAAGAUCAAGCUCUACUUCAACGGCGAUCUCAUUGCGAUUCGGGUUGCAACAGACAUUUCCUUCCAGCAGCUGUACGACAAGAUUGUGGACAGGCUCAAGAUCCCAGUAGGCGAGGAAAUCCAGCUCUUCUACAAGGACGAACCCACCGGCGACAAGCCCAACCUCAUGAGCGACAACGACUUGGACUACGCCUUGCAAAGGAACGAGAAGCUCCUCCUCUACGUCGAACAGGUCUAAGGCUCGACAAGGUGCUACUCGGCUCGGACUUUUUCCUAGAUGGUUUUCACGACUACUUGAGAGACAAAAGCAUACCCCCCACCCGCCAUUGCAUUCUCACUUCAUGAUUCCCAGCGCACGCGACGCGUUGCUAUCUACUGUCUUAUUACACAGGCGAUAGCUGAUUUUCACUUCUAUAUUGUUUUCUCUUAGUAGCUGGACUCGAUAUACGACCAUGAUGCGCCAGUGGAUCGACUCUCCUUCGCGCAAGCGGCUACGCUCCCUUUUUUCUUACACUUCUUUGGCCCUCGAGAGGGUCCCCACUUACGAUUUUCUUUUUGAUGGUAUUGACGUUGAUGAUGGGGAAAAAGAAGUAUUGAUACAGCCCUCGAGGGUUUAUAUCUGUCCAAGAGUUUCUCAAAAAGACGCAAGACGGAUUUGUUUCCACCACGAGGACCACGGAGAGAGGACAUUGGCGGGCGUUUAUUGGUUAGACGGCUGACUUGAGCUGUCACAAUUCUUUUUAUUUUAGCACGAAACCCUUUCUCAACUGGAUUUCCCCUCGGUGGCCUGGUCCUCAGUACUCGGGCAAAGUGCACGGGAAGGAAGACCGGUUCUGGGGUUUCCUCUGACGAUGAGCGAACGAACGUGAAGACGAAUGAGGAUGAGGUUCGGACAGAUGGGCAAGGGACGGACCCUAUACCCGUAUUUUAGCCAGAGAUGAAUCAAGACGAGCCUGUUCAAUGAGCCCUACCUAGUCUUCAAAUGCGUGUGGACGUCAACCAUAUACACAAGCCAUAGACGUGUAUCUAAACAACCUGCUGUCCGCGCCACGCCCCACUGAUGAAUAUAUAUCAGAAC